AUGGCGUGGCUGCGGCCCGGGGCUGCGUCGCACGCUGCUGCAGGGCCCCUCUUUCAGCCCGAGGGCUUUGCUGCGGUCCCGGGGGCUCCGGGGGCCCCCGAGGCCCUGGGGGCCCCCGCAGCAUCCUCGGACUCGCCGCUGCGGCCGCUGCUGCAGCAGCGUCGCAAGAACCGGACCAAUGGUCUCGCGUACGCGGGCGCAGCAACCCUUGUGCUUCUUGCUGCGCUGCUGCUGUGCCGCGGCUUCUCUGCUGCACCGCAGCAGCAGCGGGGGCCCGCCGUGGGGCCCCCCACGGACCCCCGGCCCCUCUCGCCUUUCGGGGCCCGCAGGACCCUGGGGGCCCCCGAGGGGCCCCUGGGGGCCGCCGAGGGGCCCCCGGAGACCCUCGAAGGCAAAACAAGACCCCAAAAAAGAAGAAGAAGUGAAUUUGUGCAGCUAGGAAGUGUUAGGAAGCGGCGGCUGCUGUCUUUCUAUGAAGGUUCUGCUGCAGCAGAGCUGCUGGUGGCUCUGACGCGGGCCUUCACCGACAGUUCGCGAGCAGCAGCAGCAGCAGGGCGCAGCCUGCUGACGGGGGAAGCAGCAGCAGCAGCAGCAGCAGCAGCAGCAGAGGGCGGCAGCCUCACCGUAGACGUGCACCCGCAGCACUCCCACGAUUUUCUGCUGUGGGCCAAAGCCCUGGGGCUUCCCCACGGCGGCAAAAGGCAGCAAAGGCCCUGGACUAUUGCCCACAUGCCCAGCAGCAGACACAGCAGCAGCAGCAGCAGCAGCAGCAGCAGCAGCAAAGAAAAAGCCCCAGACGGCAGCGCAGCAAAAGACCCAUCAAGGGCCCCUCAAAACACCGCCGGAGAAAAAGCCACAGGGGCCCCCACAGGGGCCCCCGGGGGGGCCCCUGUGGGGCCCCCCGUGGGGGCCCCCCUGGGGGCCCCCAGAGAUAUCAUGGGGGGCCUUAUUAACCGUUUGCAGCGUGCUGCUGUUUCUCGUGAGGAAGAUUUUCUUAGGGACUUGGGGCUGUGGCUUGUGGAGGCCCGGAAGGAAGAAAAUGCAGAAAAGUGCGAAACCCUAAACCCUAAACCCUAA